GCGCCCGGCGCUGGGCAGUCAUUGGGCGGCGUGAUCUCGCCGCGGUUCCGCGGCCGUACAGCCCCGGCAGAGCGCACCAGGCAGGCUGGGCCAGUGGCCAUGGCGGGCGCCGAAGACGGGCCGGGCCAGCAUCCGGAGCUCGACGAGGACGAAGCGGCAUAUUGCAGGCGCUGGGGCGCGCAGCACGCCGGGGCCCGCGAGCUGGCCGCGCUCUACUCACCAGGCAAGCGCUUCCAGGAGUGGUGUUCUGUGGUCCUCUGCUUCGGCCUCAUCGCCCACAACCUGGUCCACCUCCUGCUGCUGGCCCGCUGGGAGCACACGCCCCUCGUCAUCCUGGGUGUAGUCACAGGCGCUCUCAUUGCCGACUUCCUGUCCGGCCUGGUGCACUGGGGGGCCGACACGUGGGGCUCCGUGGAGCUGCCCAUCGUGGGGAAGGCGUUCAUCCGCCCCUUCCGGGAGCACCACAUUGACCCCACAGCCAUCACACGGCACGACUUCAUCGAGACCAACGGUGACAACUGCUUGGUGACGCUGCUGCCACUGCUGAACAUGGCCUACAAGUUCUGCACCCAGAGCACAGAAGCCCUGGAGCAGCUGUACCCCUGGGAGUGCUUCGUCUUCUGCCUGAUCAUCUUUGGCACCUUCACCAACCAGAUCCACAAGUGGUCACACACGUACUUCGGGCUGCCACGCUGGGUCACCCUCCUGCAGGACUGGCAUAUCAUCCUGCCACGUAAACACCACCGCAUCCACCACGUCUCGCCCCAUGAGACCUACUUCUGCAUCACCACAGGCUGGCUCAACUACCCGCUGGAGAAGCUGGGCUUCUGGCGGCGCCUGGAGGACCUCAUCCAGGGCCUGACGGGCGAGAAGCCCCGGGCGGACGACAUGAAGUGGGCCCAGAAGAUCAAGUAGUCUCGCCCAGCCUGCUGCCUGGUUGCCAACCUCCCCAGCCCCCAAACCGAAGCCAUCUGCCAAAUCCCAGCCUGCUUGAGCUGACCUCUCCAGGCGGAGGGGCCAACUCCUGGACUGGGCCUGGGCACCCCCAGCCUACCCCUUGGGACACAGAAUACUUGAGCCACUGAUUUUUUCAUUUCCUCUUUUUAUUUUCUUUCCUCGGCCCCUCCCGAGCUGCUCCGCCUGCCUACCUGACUGCACAAGAGGGAGCCUGCCCUGCUGGCCGGCCUGCGGGCAGAGGCCACCACCCACCACACUCCCUGCCCCGCCCCGGGCGGCCCUUCAGUGUGGCUGGCUUUGGGGCCACCAAAUCACCUCUCUCUGUCCUUCCUUCUCUGGCCCCAGAGGUCUGGGGAGUCCCUGGGACACACAAGUGUCCCCAGACCCUUGUCCUGCCGUGGCCCUGCAAACCGAUCAUGGAAGUCUGCAUGGGUGGACAGCUGCAGCCACCACCUGUGGCCUGGCGUCUCCGCCGAGGAUGGCAGCACUCAGCCAGGGUCUGAGGGCAGCCAGCCGGAAGAGGCUGGGACCCCCGCCCGAGUCUCAACACUCCCUCCUCACCCCGCCUCCACCUGCCCAUGUAUUCCAGCAGACCUGACAUUUCCGCAGGGGACCUCUCUGCAAGGCACAGCGCUUGCGAGAAGUCUUGGUCAUUUGGGAAGGGGACACUGUGUCCCUUCUAGCCAACAUGUGUCAGAGGAGGAAGAGUGGGACUUUUUUAAUUUUUUGGUUUUUUUUUAAAGGUGCUUGCUUGUUUAAUGUAAAUAAUAGAAAGCCUUAAUAUCUUUUCUGUAACACGGAGUAAUAUUUUAAUGUCAUGUUUUGGAUGUACGUAAUAUAUUUAUAACAAAGCACCAAGAGUCUACUUCA